GGAAGAGGAGGCGGAUUAACACCUCCGACAUACUCAUCAAAGUGGAUUCGGGCUUCUUUCUGGAAUGAAUAUGGAUUCAUUAAGAAGAAUUUGACGCUCCAGCACCAGAAGCCUCCAUGGACGGACGCAACCACAGCGACGCUCCCCGGGUCCGCCUCACUGUGGUGCGCCAUGAAAGGUGUGUGUGGAUGAUCCACUGAGGGAAGGAAAUAUCACCUGACAAGCUCCCUCCUCCCUCCCCACCAGCACCGACACGGAGCAGAGGUGGGGGGGACACAAGCGCACACACACCGUCGCUGCCCGCAUCUUGUCAACGGGAGGCACUGAACGCCUCACAGCUGCGGUGCGUUUCUAGGAAGGACGCAACUUUGUCUUUACAACUGUUACAUCGUGUCGCUUCCUUUUUGGUACCGCGAAGACUGGACCCAGCAGUCUGGGAAGAAAAAAAAAAGUCCAGUAAAAGUCUUGGUAAAGUCCCGGGGCCACUGCAUCGAAGAUGCCGGUCCGGAGAGGCCAUGUGGCUCCUCAGAACACCUUCCUGGACACCAUCAUCAGGAAAUUCGACAGUCAAAGUCGCAAGUUCGUCAUUGCCAAUGCAAGAGUGGAGAACUGCGCCAUUAUCUUCUGCAACGAUGGCUUCUGUCACAUGUGCGGGUACUCUCGAGCUGAGAUCAUGCAGAAGCCUUGCACUUGUAACUUCCUGUACGGACCUGACACCAAACGUCUGGCCAUCGCUCAGAUGGCGCAGGCGCUGCUGGGAUCAGAGGAGCGCAAAGUGGAGAUCAACCUUUACCGCAAAGAUGGUCAGUGCUUCCUGUGCAUGGUGGAUGUGGUGCCCGUGAAAAACGAAGAUGGCACGGUGAUCAUGUUCAUCCUCAACUUUGAGGUCAUGACCGAAGAGACGCUACGAGACGAUAAACUGGAGCUCAACCACCGCCUGCCCACCUGGCUCGUCACCGGUCGUCCACGAGGCUUCAAGUUGCGUUUCCCCCUGCUUCGCUCCCUCUCCAACAGUAAAGUGUCUUUGGACGACGCAGAGUCUGGUCAGAUUCCCAUUGCGACACCGCUGCACCCCGACGACGGCUGUCAUGAGUCUCUAGGCCUGGGGGAGUUCCUGCCCCUCCCUCCUUUAGCACCAGACCCCACGGAGCAAAUCAGUGGAAGCAGGUCAGCUCUGCAAGGUUGGCCCGAAGACCACGUGGGGGACCAUCGCACUUUACUGCACUCUGUGUCUCCGGUACCCCCCCAAGCGCCUCCUCCUCACCACAUCAUCCAUCUGGUGGGACCCCUCACCCAGUCGUCCCCCUGCGUAGCACCCCACCACCGCCUCAGCCUCAACCAGGACGCCUCUGGCUCGAACUGUUCUUUGUCGCACAGCCGCUCGCGGGAGAGUUUCCACAGCAUGCGGCGCGCCUCCUCUGUCGACGAAAUUGAGGCCAUGAGGCCUGACUGGGACCGGAAAAACCGGCGAGCGAGUACACGGCUGGGAAGCACUGGUGCAGUGAACAGUAAGUCCAACAUACUGAACUCCACGUCAGACUCUGACCUCAUGCGGUACCGUGCCAUCUCCAAAAUUCCUCAGAUCACCCUCAACUUUGUGGAUUUCAAACCAGACCCACUCAUCGCCCUGCCAUCAGGGGAGAUGGACAUCAUAGCACCUUGCAAACUUAUCGACCGCACGCACAAUGUAACCGAGAAAGUCACACAGGUUCUGUCUCUGGGCGCCGAUGUGUUGCCGGAAUACAAGCUUCAAGCUCCUCGCAUCCACAGUUGGACAGUAUUGCACUAUAGCCCCUUCAAGGCCGUCUGGGAUUGGCUUAUCCUGCUGCUGGUCAUCUACACCGCCAUUCUGACACCUUACUCGGCCGCUUUCCUCCUAAAUGACAUGGAAGAAGCAGCCAUGCAGCGAUGUGGUUAUUCGUGUUCUCCUCUCAAUGUGGUGGACCUCAUAGUGGACAUUAUGUUCAUUAUCGACAUCCUCAUCAACUUCAGGACCACGUAUGUCAACUCCAACGAUGAGGUGGUGAGCCACCCGGUUCGUAUCGCCGUGCACUACUUUAAAGGCUGGUUCCUCAUUGACAUGGUGGCCGCCAUUCCCUUUGAUCUUCUCAUUUAUCGCAGUGGAGAGGAGACCACCACUCUGAUCGGCCUGCUGAAAACGGCUCGUCUACUACGACUGGUCCGCGUAGCCCGAAAAUUGGACCGCUAUUCAGAAUACGGCGCAGCCGUGCUCUUCCUCCUCAUGUGCACCUUUGCCCUCAUCGCUCACUGGCUGGCCUGCAUCUGGUAUGCCAUUGGGAACGUAGAGAGGAACGGCUCUAUUGGGUGGCUCCACACGCUCGGGGACCAACUGGGUAAACACUUCAAUGAUUCCAUUCCAGGUUCGGGACCUUCCAUCAAGGACAAGUAUGUUACAGCUCUGUACUUCACCUUCAGCAGUCUGACCAGUGUGGGUUUUGGAAACGUCUCCCCCAACACCAACUCGGAGAAGAUCUUCUCCAUUUGUGUCAUGCUCAUAGGAUCGCUAAUGUACGCCAGCAUCUUUGGGAACGUCUCAGCCAUCAUCCAGCGUUUGUACUCCGGCACGGCCCGCUACCACACCCAGAUGCUUCGAGUUCGAGAAUUCAUCCGCUUCCACCAGAUUCCCAACCCUCUCAGACAGAGGCUGGAGGAGUAUUUCCAACACGCUUGGUCCUACACCAACGGCAUCGACAUGAACGCUGAUGAUUGGAAGACUUUGUCUCAGCAUGCAUGGUCCGACAACAUCAGAGAAAAUAGGAAUGAUGUGUUAAAAGGUUUUCCAGAGUGUCUCCAGGCGGACAUCUGUCUCCAUCUGAACCGGACUUUGCUUCAGAACUGUAAGGCUUUUAAAGGCUCCACCAAGGGCUGCCUCAGGGCGUUGGCCAUGAAGUUCAAGACCACCCACGCACCUCCGGGCGACACGCUAGUCCACGCCGGGGACGUCCUCACCGCACUCUACUUCAUAUCCAGAGGAUCCAUCGAGAUACUGAGAGGAGAUGUUGUGGUUGCCAUAUUAGGAAAGAACGACAUCUUUGGCGAGCCAAUCAACUUGUAUGCUCGACCGGGUAAAUCCAAUGCGGACGUGAGGGCUCUAACCUACUGCGACCUGCACAAGAUAUUUCGGGAAGACGUUCUGGAGGUGUUGGAUAUGUAUCCUGAAUUUGCAGACCACUUCUGGAACAACCUGGAAAUUACCUUCAAUCUCCGUGAUACCAACAUGAUCCCAGGCUCUCCCAGCAGUGAUGAGUCCAAAUGUGGGGGCUUCAACAAAUUACGCAGACGCAAAUUAUCAUUCCGGCGACGCACAGAGAAGGAUGAUGCAGAUGCUGGUGAAAUCAAAAAGACCCACAAGUCUGUAAAUAGAAGAAGAGAGAGGGAAGCAAUCCACAACCAAAAACGUCAGGAGGCACCUAAGAGACAGUAUCGGAGUUCAGUGUCUUCGCACUCCAGUGGGGAUGAGGGAGAGGAAUCCAUAGUAACUGGCCUUACUCCUUCAUCUGCAAUGUUGGGGAACCCUCAUGGGCAAGGAACACCCAAAACCUUAUCUGAGACCACGGACGUGGAUGGAGAACACAAGACCGGCAACACCUGCAAUGCAUUGUCAGGUGCACUCUCAGGUGUGUCCAAUAUCUUCAGUUUCUGGGGGGAGAGUCGAGGGGGCGGUCAGUACCAGGAGGUUCCCAGCUGCAGCCUAGCCUCUCCUCCACCCCUCAGCACACCUUUGCAUAGCUUGAGCCGCCAGCAACGCAACCAGCUGGACACACGCCUGGACCUGUUGCAGAAACAACUCAAUAGAUUGGAGAGUCGCAUGUCAGCAGAUAUUGGAACGAUCAUGCAGCUGCUGCAAAGACAGAUGGCCCUGGUCCCACCUGCCUAUAGUGCUGUAUCAUCACCACCUCAGGCCUCCCCGUCCACUGGUCCAGAUCCUGGAGAGAAACUAGUUCCGCUGGAGACAAACACCCUGGCCUCCCUAUCACAGAUCUUGGAUUCUCAGGAUUUUGAAGAAUUUCCAGCCAAGUCACUUGAAUCUCUAGAGCCACAGGACUCACCUUUGAUAAACACCAACCAGAACCAGAUCUCUUCAUCUGGACUGGACAGUUUAGGACAACAUUUGGAGCUUGACCUUGGACUAGGAACUGGGGGUUCCGCCUUUUCAGGACCAGCAGUAGGUUUAGAUUUAGAUAAUAGUCUAGGAUUGGGUUCACAUUCUGGAACGGGCCCGAGCUUUACAACAGGGUUGGGAUUCAGUUCAAGGUUGUGUACCGGGACUAUGGUUGAGCAAACAGAUGGAGCAAGGCUAUCUUCCCAGGAGUCUGCGACCCAAAGGAGGCUGUCUCUUCAGGAGUCACAAACACCUCUGGACUCACGGACACCACAGAGACACAGCUCUGACCCAGGAGGGAGCUAAGAAAGCAGUGAUGAACAGAAAACGGGAAGGAUCUAUGGCCGGAGGGAAUGAAGGAGAUGUUGUAUCCUACUGGAGCCUCUAUCACCAACGACUUUCACUCCAUCCUUGUACCCUUAAUCGCAAGGAUCGAUCUGUAAACCUUUGGGUAAAGUAGGUUUUCAUGCCUGUCAUUUUCCCCUUUUCCGUGAUUCUUCCCUUUUUUUAGAGCUUUCAGAACUCUCCAACAGUAAAACCUUUAAUCAACAACCCAAACGGAGCAAAGAGGAGCUCGGACACUCAACUCAAACGGAGCUUGAGGGUGACAUCAUUACACUCUCAAAUGACUGCAAUCCUAUCGGAGUAUCUCUACCUUAGGAGUAUCCCUUUACUGCUGAAUCCAGUCUUGGAUGACUUAUUGACGACAGGCAAAGAAAGACAAAAAGCAGCAGACAGAAUACUAAUGAAAUGAAACAAGUAGCCAUCAUGUCUUGCACUGAAAACAAUUAUUCUACUUUGUGUCAGUGGCGCUUCCGAAAACUCACUAAACGGUUGGUAAAAAUGUAGUGUUAGCUGGCCUAACAGGAAACCCGCUGUCCCUUUUCUGUCAUCGGUUCCUAGCCCCUUGAUGUCCCCCGCGCCAAGAGGUGGAGAUGAUGCCCCGAAACCCCUGCGCUUCCCCGAGAGCACACUUGGUGUGCACUUCAGGGGCGGGAACUGGAGGGUUAAAAAAAAGCCAUGCAUUUUCUUGACGAACAUAUCAGCUGCCCUACCAGAACAAUUGUGGACACCGACACACAAGCCUAGGCGGCGUCACAGGACACCUGGCGAAACAAAAAUAUGUAAACAAACAUGGGAUCCCAGUUUUUUUUUAACUCGGUAGGCUUUGAGUUUGUUGAGUUCAUUGUCGAAUUUGCUACCUCAGAUUUCACUGGUCCAUUGUUUUUGUUUUUCACCUUAGCACCCAGAAUGCUUUAUCUUGUACAUAGCAGUCAUCAUAUACGUAAAUAUACACGUUUACGACAAGAAGAAUGCGCCAUUAAUCUAUAUACAGUACUUAUAUGCACUGGCAAGAAGACGUGAGUGAGUGCGCUUUAAUUUGAUUAACAUUAUGUUAUUUUAUGUGUGUGUUUGUAUUCUCGUUGUUGGUUUUUAGUUUGCAGAGCAUGGCUCGGUACGUCUGCUUUGCCGCCUGUGGUCACUGGACAAAUACGUUUUCUGGUUUUAGAGGCAGUUUUUGUGUGUGUGUGUGUGUAGAUCAAGACAGCACAUGUAAAAUCCCUUUAACGGGAAGUUCCAAUUUGAGGCUACCCAAGACUUUUCACUACAACUCUAUAAUGUCCCAGAAUUAGCAGUUUUACCACACAUGCAUGGUUUUGUUGCCUUAAAAAUGCUAACAUAUGCUGGUAGGCCGAUGCUUUGAUACACAGGGUGAACACAAAGCCGCUAAUGUGGAAUGCAAAUGUGGAAGUUUAAAUUAGCUUAAAUUCAGCACUGACUAUGAGUGUAAUGGUACACCAAGAUCAGUUCAGUUGAGUACUUACAUUGGUUUAAAAGUCAAGGUUCAGUUUAAUUCAGUACCUUCGGGGGAACAAAACCGCAGCUUUGUUGACACAAAAAUCGAAAAAAAUAAAUACUGCUACAAGUACAGUAUUUAAAAAUU